CCGCCCCCACCAACCGCGAGGGAGAAAAAAAAGAAAGAAAGGGAGGGAGGGUAAAGCCGUGAGGGGACAGCGGAGGGAAGGCGGCUCUUUGUAAGCGCGGCUCUUCUCACAUUGCUUUCUCCCCCGCUUCCCCACUCACUCUCUCCUUUUGCUUCCUCACCUCAAGAGCAUCCCCCUUUCCCCUCCCCCCAAAUACUAUCUCCAGCACCAACCGCCACUGCAGGCUCCGCCCCCUUGCGCGCUCGCGCUGCCCUACCCGCCCGCGCGCCCGCCUCGUGCCGGACAAUAGCGGCGCUGCCGCAGCAGCCGAGCGGUGUCUCGCGCCGCAGUUCUAGAGCGCAGCCACCUGGGCCCCAAUGGGGAGACGCCGCCGCUACUGCUUGUUCCCGCUCUCUCCUGAUUCCCCCCUCACAGCCUUCGCUGGCCGUUGUAUCCUCUGAGGGAACAGGCAAGGCGGGGACGGGGCUUCUCCUUCCCUCUCUUCCUCUUCCCCUCGGCGCCUGAGGGACGGGCAGGUGAGAGCAGGGGGGCCUGGGCCUGGCUUUCGCGAGGUGGCGGUGGCGGCGCCUCUGCCGCCUCCUCCGUUUCACCCAUGGAAGUAUGCUACCAGCUGCCGGUGCUGCCCCUGGACCGGCCGGUCCCUCAGCACGUCCUCAGCCGCCGAGGGGCCAUCAGCUUCAGCUCCAGCUCCGCGCUCUUCGGAUGCCCCAACCCCCGGCAGCUCUCGCAGAGACGUGGUGCAAUUUCCUAUGACAGUUCUGAUCAAACUGCGCUAUACAUUCGCAUGCUAGGAGAUGUACGAGUAAGAAGUCGGGCAGGAUUUGAAACAGAGAGAAGAGGUUCUCAUCCAUACAUUGAUUUCCGUAUUUUUCACUCAAAUUCUGAAAUUGAAGUUUCUGUGUCUGCAAGAAAUGUCCGAAGGUUACUAAGUUUCCAGCGGUACUUGAGAUCUUCCCGAUUCUUCCGUGGUAUUACUCUUCCAAACUCCUCAAACUUUUUAGAUGAUGAUUACAAUGGACAAGCUAAGUGUAUGCUAGAAAAAGUUGGAAACUGGAAUUUUGAUAUCUUCCUUUUUGACAGGCUAACAAAUGGAAACAGUUUAGUCACCUUAACCUUCCACUUGUUUAAUCUUCAUGGACUGAUAGAGCACUUCCAACUAGAUACAAUGAAGCUACGCAGAUUUUUAGUAAUGGUCCAAGAAGAUUACCACAGUCAAAACCCAUAUCACAAUGCAGUUCAUGCUGCUGAUGUGACUCAGGCAAUGCACUGUUAUUUGAAAGAACCCAAGCUUUCCCAGUCUCUAACUCCAUGGGAUAUUCUGGUCAGUUUAAUUGCAGCUGCCGCUCAUGAUUUGGAUCACCCAGGUGUUAAUCAGCCUUUCCUUAUUAAAACAAACCAUUAUUUAGCAACUUUAUACAAGAAUACCUCAGUAUUAGAAAAUCAUCACUGGAGAUCAGCAGUGGGGUUGUUAAGAGAGUCUGGAUUAUUUGCACAUAUGUCGCUAGAAACAAGGCAGCUAAUGGAAAGCCAGAUAGGUGCGCUGAUUCUUGCCACUGAUAUAAGUCGGCAAAAUGAGUAUCUGUCUCUGUUUCGCACUCAUUUGGACAAAGAAGACUUAUGCCUAGAACAGGAGAAUCAUCGUCAUCUUGUACUUCAGAUGGCCUUGAAAUGUGCUGAUAUUUGUAACCCCUGCCGGACCUGGGAACUGAGCAAGCAGUGGAGUGAGAAAGUAACGGAAGAGUUCUUUCACCAAGGGGAUGUUGAGAAAAAAUAUGGCUUGGGUGUGAGUCCACUGUGUGAUCGAGAGACAGAAACCAUUGCAAACAUUCAGAUCGGUUUUAUUACCUAUUUGGUGGAGCCAUUGUUUGCAGAGUGGGCCCGUUUUUCAAACACCAAGCUAUCUCAAACAAUGCUUGGUCAUUUAGGACUCAAUAAAGCUAGUUGGAAAGGAGUGCACCGAGAGCAGUCCAGCAGCGGAGACGAUACUGAUCCUGCAUUUGAGGAAAUGGACUCUGACAUAGUACCUCAGGAACACUGACUAUCCUGACCCCGGGAUCUGAUCAACAAACUGCCUCUUGCUUGGUAUCUGCAGAGCAGGGUUUGAGGAUACAUUUUGUCUGAAUGCCAAGGUUUCAGUGUAAACAAUGCCAGCAUUAUUUAUUUCCAAGGUUUUCCUUUGAUAAACCAUUUGAGCCCAAGUUUCAGUUAUAAGACCUGAACAACACAGCAAUAUGCAUAUGCCUCGGUUGGCUUCUGCAUGGAACCUUGAAUAUGCAAAUGAGAAAUGAACGAAUCUUGACUGGGAACUGUACAAGAUAUAUUGUUACAUGCCACAUUGUUUUGUUUUUAUUUGUUUUUAGGGGAAGUUUGAAAUAAGGCCUUCAGAAUCGCCGCAUGACAUAGAUGAUUCCAUUUUCUUGGAAUUUAAAUAAGACUCCAUUCAGUCUCUGCCUGAAAUGUGGAAAUGUGAAGUGUCCAUACUUGGCUGCCUUGGGCAAGAACUGAUGUUUACAAAUGUACUUUGAAACUAUAGAUUCUAGAUUAACUUUCUGCAUGGCUGCGAAGGAACCACUAACCCAAAAGAUCAAAUCUGAAACUGCAGCUCAUUCUCUUACCAAGAGAAAAGGCUCCCUUGUGUGAUAUUCUUGGCCAUGCAUUUGGAAUUGAACAUCUAAUGUGAAGCACAGCCAAACUUUACUCCAGUGCAGAAUGGGAAUGCAAUUAUAGCAGGCAGAAAAUACUGAAUUUAGAAAGGUGGGUGGGAUGGGUUGGGAUAGGUUGGGUUGGGAAGAGAGGAAGUGUCCUAAUUGUGUUAAGAUUCUGCAGUGGAAACAUUUGCAUGUUGUUUUCACUAUUGUACACUUGAUCUGCACAUGCAAGUAAAAAAAAAGGUGGAAUGAUUACGAACACCAGAAACAGCUCAGGGUAUUUGCCGAUUGAAAAUAUAGUGGGAUGGGAAGUGUGUCCUUCAGAACAAGGGUACAAGCACCCCUUUCGCUGCAGUGUGUGUGUGUGUAUGUGAGGCUGUGUGAGUGGAUAUUUGGGGGGAGGGGAUGACGGGACAGAUUUGAAAGGCAAUUUUUUUUAAUUUAUUAUUUUUAGAAUGUAACAUUUUCAUGAGCAGCCAUGGGGGGAAACGAACAGGUUGCUACAGCUGCCUUAAACUAUGCACAAAGCUAAGUGACCAAAUUUUGUUGUUGAUUGAAAAAAGUGCAUUGUUUACUUAUUCCUCCCUCUACUGAAAUGUUACCCUUUAUGGGUUUUUUGAUGUGAAAAGGAGAAAUGUUUUUAAGGACAAAUUUUAAGGACUAAUUUUUAAUCUUCAAGCAUUCCUUUUUUUGUAAUUUUUUUUAACAUUGUUUUAAGUACUGUAAGCACAACUGUAAUCUAUUUUGACAAACUGGUGCUUUCUUUUUUGUUCAUUUGUAUUUUUCUUGUUCUUACUGUAAAGACUGUUUAUUCCAUUCUGUUUACAGUUUGCAACAGCCAUUUUUGGGAGAGAGCUUCAGUGUAAAGCCAUUUGUUGAAGGCUUUGCCAUACUCAUUUUAAUGUGCCUGUUGCUGUUAACCUUUGAUUAUUAAUAAUAAAAAAACUUUUCACAUUA